GAGCCUGCCACUGGGGCUGUCAACACAAUGGGGUCCUUCAUUUAGCGCCAGUUUUAGAUUCUCUCAUCGUAGAAUAGUAGAAGCAAAGCUGUGUUCAGUAUGGAUUUACGUAUGUAAUAACGUUAUAUUGAACUUAAACAAACUUUAAACAAUCCAUAAACAUCUGCGACGUAACGGCACUCUUCCUGAUAAGCAGGCCGAAAUCACACGACUUUGAGCACGCUUGUCAGUGGUACCCAGAUCAUUUAUAAUCCGCACAAGGUCCUACGACUGAAAAUGGAACGGGAGGAUGAUCUGGACCUUUUGACAUCGCUGUUGGAUGAGAAUGAGGACGUUGAAGAUCCACACGUUCAAAAGAGCUCGGUGGAUGACUUUGAUGAUCUGUUUGACAACGAUGACGACGACGUUGAAUAUGAAGACGGAAUCGCAGCGGAGAAGGCCGGAGGGAAGGAUGACGUGGUGACCGAUCUGUUUGGGGAUGUAGAUGACAUCGAAGAUGAGGAUACGGAGGGUGAGCAGCAAGCCGCUGACGCAGAAGACGACGACAGUCUUAACAAGUCGAAAGAGGACUUGCAAGAGGAGCUGCGGCGCAUGCAGGAGAAAAUGCAGAAGCUACAGCAGCAACUGUCGGCGUCUCAGAAGCCCCCUCCUGCCUCAGCCGCCACCCCUGGUCGGGGUGCCCGGACUGUGGCUUCAGUCAAGAAGAAGUCCCUCUCGCUGGGUGGGACCCCCGCCAAGGGCUCCGCUACCCAGACCCCCUCAAAGGGGAGGACCCCCGCCAAGGGCUCCGCUACCCAGACCCAUUCGAAGGGGAGGACCCCCGCCAAGGGCUCCGUUACCCAGACCACCACAAAGACACCCUCCUCCACUCAGAAGACUAAGCUCCCAGCAGCCAAAUCAUCUCCCCCAGACCUGGUUAGAGGAGGCGACCCCAAGCGCGUGGAGUCCAGUGACUUCUCAGACCAGCUGGUCAACGCCGACAUGUUUAAACGCAAGCCACGCACAGCCCACCUGACCAAACCCAGCACGUCUCCAGAGGACAGAGGCCCAUUGGUGGAAAUCAAGAUUGGCAGCACUUUCCAGCCAGUGGAGCCCCGACCCCAGCCUUCAAACUCCCAGCCGAGGCCCGCUCCUCUCCCUGACCCCAAAGAUGUGGCAGUGGAAAAGUACUCUGGACUCAGGCUCAGGAACCCACUGGUCUCUUCCUGUGAGAUGGAUCGCAAGAUGGCCGAGCGGCGGUUGAUCCGGCUCUCCCAGUUGCCACAGCGCAUUGUUCAGGAGAAGCUGGAGGACAGCGACUGGGUGACGUUCGCAGUGCUGAUCAACAAGGCCACCAGGCAGGCCAAGGGGAGCGGAAACACGUUCAGCACAUGGACGCUCAGCGACCUCCACGACCUGGAGGUGUGCGUGACGCUGAUGCUGUUCGGGAACGAACACAAGGAGCACUGGAAGACGGAGGUGGGCUCCGUCAUCGGAGUCCUCAACCCCAACCUGAUGAAGCAGAGGGACGGCUACGACGGGAUCAGCCUGUCGGUGGACAACCCCCAGAAGGUUCUGCUGAUGGGCACGGCGCAGGACUACGGCACCUGUAAGGGCAUGAAGAAGAACGGGGACCCCUGCUCCAAGAUAGUGAACAUGUACGACUGCCAGUUCUGCCAGUACCACGUCACAGCUGCGUACAAGAAGAUGAGCUCCAAGCGGGCCGAGCUGCAGUCCUCGUAUUCGGGGAAGGUUCCGGGUAAGGUGAAGGGGGCCGGCAGCCUGAAGGAGCGGCUGUGUCAGGGGGGCUUCUACUACGGGGGCGUGUCCUCCGCCGCCUGUGUCUCCUCUCUGGGCGGGUCCAAGCCCAACAAGUCGACCCAGCUAACCCUGAACUCGCUGUUCGUGAAGGGAGCCUCCAAGCAGUUCGACGAGGCCAAGAGACUGGUGGUAAAGUCGGGCGAGGUUUCCGGCUGCUCGGACGACUUUAAAAGCCUGAUGUCCCAUCAAACGCCCGGAGCACUGCAGCUGAAGAAGCACCUGCUGCACGCCAAAACCCCAGGCUCCCCGGGCGGCGGCGCCGGCUCCGGCAUGCAGUCCAUCUCCGCCUCGGACCUGCUCAAACAGCAGAAGAAGAUGCAGCUGGAGCUGUUGGAGAGCCGCCGCCGCCGCGCCGCCGAGGCGCUCCAGAAGCAGGCCGGGCCGGCAACACCGAGGCCCGCGUCCGCGUCCGUAUCGCACCCGACGUCGGCCCCCAGGGUCUCGCCCUCUACGUCGGCCCCCAGGGUCUCGUCCUCUACGUCGGCCCCCAGGGUCUCGCCUUCGACGUCGGCCCCCAGGGUCUCGCCCUCGACGUCGGCCCCCAGGGUCUCGCCCUCGACGUCGGCCCCCAGGGUCUCGCCCUCGUCCUCGCGGGGGCCCGCGGGCCCACUGCUGUCCCCCAAAGCGGCCUCUGAGGUGCCCCGAGGGGCCGCCAGGAGCCCCCCCGCGGCCCACGCCCCCACCCUCGGACGGGGCUUCUCGGAGGGCGACGACAUCGUCUUCUUCGACCGCAGCCCGCAGCAGGCUCCGCCCCCGGCCGCGCUCGGGCUGUCGGCGGCCAAGAUGGCCGCCCUGAGGAGGUUGAAGGCGAAGGGGGCGGGGCUCGCCAAGGAAGACCCCAACGCCGUAAAGAGGAAGAGGAGCAGCAAGGACGGCGAGAUCAGCGCCCGCGUGGAGAAGAACAUGGCGGCCGUCGAGGGUAAUGAGGCCGAAGAGGAGGAGCCGGCGCAGAAGAGAAGGCGGGACCUCAGCUACAUCCAAUCAGAUGAGUUCCAGAAGAUUCUCAAAGCCAAGUCGCGCCAUCAGGCUGCGCUACAGGCGGCGGAGUACCAGAUCCAGGAACGUUACUUCGACCCCCUGGUGAAGAAGGAGCAGCUGGAGGAGAAGAUGAGGGACACCAAGGAGAUGAAGUGUCGAGCCGUCUCUUGUAAACAGUGUAAUUACACCUACUUUAAGCCUGCGGACCGCUGCGUGGAGGGGAACCACACGCUGAAGUGGCACGACGCUCUGAAGCGCUUCUUCAAGUGUCCCUGCGGCCAGCGCUCCAUCGCCCUGGACCGGUUACCCAGCAAGCACUGCAGUAACUGUGGGCUCUUCAAGUGGCAGAGAGACGGCAUGCUGAGGGAGAAGAAGGGGCCCAAGAUAGCAGGCGAGCUACUACAGCCGCGCGGCGAUGAGGGGCCCAAGUUCCUGAACAGCAUGCAGUGAGGUCACUUUGGCCCAAUCCCAUUUCUACCCCUUACGCCUUCCCCUUACGCCUUCCCCUUACGCCUUCCCCUUACCCCUUCCCCUUACCCCUUCCCCUUACCCCUUCAAAACAAGGGGGAGGGGGAAGGGGAAGGGGUAGAAAUGGGAUUGGGCCGUUUCCUCUCCCUCAGAUACCUCCCCCCCAACAUGGGGACAAAACCCCAAACCCUACUGGAAGUCUCUUAUUUACUGUGUUGUACAGGAGAAAUACUUUUUACAUUUCGUCACAUCCUUUUUUGUUUUUUUUGUACAUUUUAUGAACUGUGAGAUUUUCGUACUAAUAAUGGAUAAUUUAAAUGUUUUUAAAUUGUUAUUCUGUUGAGCUGAGGGAUCAUUAAAUGGUUUACAGCUGGA